ACAGUUUGCAGCUUUCUCUCUUUUCUCAUUUAUGGUUAGAAUAAACCUCUCCUUAAGAAACUUUUUGCCUCACAAUGUGCAGCUUAUGCAGCGUUAAAUGUGGUUUUAUUUUCUUCAACUCACUCUUCUUGGCAUCUGGGGUUGCCCUCAUCACCAUCGGAGCUCUGCAAUACUCAACUUAUUCACAGAUGGGCACUUUUGCUGGGAGCAGCUUGUCUAAAAUUGCAAUUGUCCUCAUUUCAGUGGGUGUCACCAUAGCCAUAGUGUCCCUACUGGGCCAUGUUGGUGCUUUCACCAAUAAUUCCUCUAUGGUUUCCUGUUUCAUCUGCAUCCUGAUAGUGAUCAUCAUUUUGGAGAUACUCACCGGAGCCGUCUUUUACAUAUUUCGCAGCAAGACUGCCAUUCUGCAGGCAAACAGUGCUAUCAACAACAAGGCACGAGGUGUGAUCAACGAAUACAAGGUGGAGAAGAGACACGCCAUCAACAGAAUUCAGGAAAAGUUCAGCUGCUGUGGUGCAGACAGCUACACCGACUGGUCCAAAAGUGUGGGCUGGGAGAACCACGAUGCUGUACCAGAUUCCUGCUGCAUGGUGAAAACUGAAGGUUGUGGACAGGACAAGGCCAAUGUGCACACAAAGGGUUGUAUCUCGGCCAUCAAGCUCUUUCUGGUGAAAAAUUUACUGUGGGUCGGUGCUGUCUGCAUCGCUCUUGGAGUCACAGAGGUUUUCGGAGUGUUAGUCGGGGUGUGUUUGUGUCUGGACAUAAAAAGAAAGACCUAUGAAAACAUCAGCUAAAGCAUCACCAGUCAUCUUCAUGCAUCACUGAGAGAAUUUAUUUGCUUUUCCAUUUAAUUCUUUCCAGAUCAUGCUUUAUGAUUAAUGAUAUGUUUGAAAACAGCUGAAAAGUAACUUAUUGCUCCCUUUAUGUUUGCAAAUUGUGACAAUUCCAACAAGAUAUAAACAAAGAGAAACUGUUGAUCUGUAAUUAACUAUGAUGAUAGUGAAAACACUUGAUUAAUCAGUUUGACAUUUAAAUUUCCUGCUUUCUAUGAAGAUGGCUAAUAAACGUGUGAUUUAUCUGUGUAUUGUUGUGUGGUUUGCACCAGAUUCUACAAGAACAUUUGUAAAGGUUUCAUCAAAAUGAGUCACAAUAAAGCCUCUGCUGACAUAGUGGA